UCUUCUAUCAGGUCCUCAGUCAGCCUAUGAAUGGCUGUGGUUCCGCGGAGCGGGGCAUUGACUAGAUCUCAUCUUACUGAAGAAAGAUGUCUGGACGAGGAAAGGGAGGAAAAGGCCUCGGUAAAGGAGGCGCAAAGCGUCACCGCAAAGUUCUCCGUGAUAACAUCCAGGGAAUUACCAAGCCCGCCAUCCGCCGCCUGGCUCGCCGUGGCGGAGUGAAGCGUAUCUCCGGUCUGAUCUACGAGGAGACCCGCGGCGUGUUGAAGGUUUUCCUUGAGAACGUGAUCCGCGAUGCUGUCACCUACACCGAGCACGCCAAGAGGAAGACCGUCACCGCCAUGGACGUGGUGUAUGCUCUGAAGAGACAGGGUCGCACUCUGUACGGCUUCGGCGGAUAAACUUACUUUCCAACAGGCCAACAACACAACGGCUCUUUUAAGAGCCACACACUUCGACAAAGAGAGCUCAUAUCCUCUGCUUAUCAACAAUAACUUGUUAUCCGAGUAGAUGUCUUACAUUGUCAAGAUUCCGAAGUUAUUUCAUGACAAAACAUCAAAUAAUAACAUUAUAAAUCGUAGUUUCCUCUUUAAUUCCAAAUUUGUAAGUGCCACUUGAAAAACAGUUUGUUCAUACUGUUAUUUAUAUAUACAUGUGUCGAUAUACUGUAGUAACAGCAGGCAGCCGGCAGACUGAGCUGCUCUCCAGAUACCGGAACAACGUCCACUACCAGUUGAACUCUCUUACAUGUCUGGUCAGAAGCUUUGUUUUCCAGUAGCUCAGCUUCUCUCGUUUUAUUGCAGCUUCUUGUCUGUUCUGAGUUUGGAAAAUGAGCUAUGGAGCUGCAUACACUUGAUCAGUUGAACAUUAAGUUGAGUAAAAAACUGUUUAAAUCUGUUUUCAGGAACAGGGACAGAGCUGUUUGAUUAGGUGCUGCACCUGAUCAGUUUUUUGCUUUGAAUGGAUGUUGAGGCGCAGAGCGCAGCCGCUUUACGCUUCAAGUCUGUGUAGAAACCCACAUAGUUGAAAAACGAGUAACCCCCUGUAUCUACAUAACUAUGACAUCAACAACAAUCUGGCCACAAAUUAAGGUAGUUACAUUAUUCAUUCCAUCUUUCACUCAAGCAUGUGGAGAGAGUGGUAAGACAACCAGAAAAACUGAAAUGUUGGUCAAGCUCAAUAAAUUCAUCAUGUUACAACAA